GAGGAGCCGGAAGGAGCCUCCGGAGCAAGGGUGCCGGCCCACGCCCUACCUUUCACCCUUCCUCAUCUCCAGGAUGCGGCUGGGCCGCAGGGCCCUUUGCCUGCUGGUCCUGCUGCUCGCCUGCGCCUCGCUGGGGCUCCUGUACGCGAGCACCCGGAACGCGCCGGGCCUCCGGGCCCCCCCUGCGCAGUGGGCACCCCUGCAGGGUCCCCCCAGACCUCAGCUGCCAGAUCUCACCCCAGAGCCCCGCUACGCACACAUCCCGGUCAAGAUCAAGGAGCAAGUGGUGGGGCUGCUGGCUCAAAACAACUGCAGUUGUGAGUUCAGUGGAAAGGGUCUUUCCCUCCCCUUCCAGAGGCAAGUCCAAGCCUUUGACCUCACCAAGGCCUUUGACCCUCAGGAGCUGAGGGCUGCCUCUGCCGCCAGGGAGCAGGAGUUCCAGGCCUUCCUUUCAAGGAUCCAGUCCCCAGCUGACCAGCUGCUCAUAGCCCCUGCCAAUUCUCCCCUACAGUAUCCCUUGCAGGGUGUGGAGGUGCAGCCCCUCAGGAGCAUCUUAGUGCCAGGGCUAAGCCUGCAGGCAUCUUCAGGUCGGGAGCUAUACCAGGUGAACCUGACUGCCUCCCUGGGCACCUGGGAUGUGGCAGGGGAAGUGACAGGAGUGACUCUCACUGGAGAGGGGCAGCCGGACCUCACACUCACUAGCCCAGGGCUGGACCAGCUCAACCGGCAGCUGCAGCUGGUCACUUACAGCAGCCGAAGCUACCAGGCCAACACAGCAGACACAGUCCGGUUCUGCACCGAGGGACAUGAGGCUGCCUUCACCAUCCGCAUCAGACACCCACCUAACCCGCGUCUGUACCCACCUGGAGCUCUACCCCAGGGAGCUCAGUACAACAUCAGCGCUCUGGUCACCAUCGCCACCAAGACUUUCCUUCGUUAUGACCGGCUACGGACGCUCAUCGCCAGCAUCCGCCGCUUCUACCCGACGGUCACCGUGGUCAUCGCUGACGACAGCGAGAAGCCUGAGCGCGUCAGCGGCCCACAUGUCGAGCACUAUCUCAUGCCCUUUGGCAAGCCUCCUCCAACCACACGCACCCCUCCCCCAGGGCUGGUUCGCAGGCCGGAACCUGGCUGUUUCCCAAGUGACCACCAAGUAUGUGUUGUGGGUGGACGACGAUUUCGUUUUCACUGCGCGGACACGGCUAGAGAAGCUAGUGGACGUGCUGGAGAGGACCCCGCUGGAUCUGGUAGGGGGCGCGGUGCGCGAGAUCUCGGGCUUUGCCACCACAUACCGGCAGCUGCUAACCGUGGAGCCCGGCGCUCCAGGCAGCGGGAACUGCCUUCGGCAGAGACGCGGCUUCCACCAAGAGCUCGUUGGCUUCCCGAGCUGCGUAGUCACCGACGGCGUCGUCAAUUUCUUCUUAGCGCGAACCGACAAGGUGCGCGCGGUCGGCUUCGACCCGCGACUCAACCGCGUAGCCCAUCUGGAAUUCUUCCUGGAUGGGCUUGGUUCCCUUCAAGUGGGCUCCUGCUCAGAUGUCAUUGUGGAUCAUGCAUCCAAGGUGAAGCUUCCUUGGGUGUCAAGAGAUGCCAGGGCAGAGACUUAUGCCCGGUAUCGCUACCCAGGAUCACUGGACGAAAGUCAGGUGGCCAAACACCGGCUGCUUUUCUUCAAACACCGACUACAGUGCAUGACCGCGGAGUGAUGGCCACUCAGGGCCUUUCGAUUAUCAAGUGGGUCCUUCCUCCUUUCCCUGCCAGGAAUUUUCAGCAAACCCCACCACCCAGUGACCAUUGGACUGACUGUCUCCGACCCUCCAGCCCCCCACCCCUCAUCUUCAGAACCUGAUCCUAAAGAGGGGCUUGUCCUGGUGACACCCCUCCUUUCCUCGAGUGCCCAGGGGCAUGAUGGAGCCAUACCCUUUCCCACAGCCAGUGCCAAGUCCUCCCCCAGACCUCAUUCUAAUGGGGCAGGAAAUUGGGGGGUUGCUUUCCAAGUGCCAAAGAGCCCAGGGGGACUCCAAGAACCUGAAGUAGAAACACUCUCGUCUCAUCUUGGGACUGGGGGGUGGGGAAGCCUCCUCAAAUGUAAUCCCGGAGGUGUGCCCCCCACACCCAUCUCUGGAUCCAGGACUCUGUGCACUGGCUCCAGCUCCACCCCCGUGGAGAGAACUUAUGACUCUGGAGCUGAGGUGGGGGUUGGUGAACACGCAGCAAAGCCAUUCUCAGUUGUGUCUUUGCAUUGCUGUUGGCAUGGAGGAAGGGUACCAGGGAUCUCUGUGCAGACAUCCAGACUCACUUCAUGGGUCUCAGAAGCUCCCAACUUCAUUUUAUUAGCCACAUU